ACCUUUCUAUUUGGAUAAACCACUAGAUUCAGGUAACCUGUUUGGUUUUGAAAGGGCAAAAGGGUUCAAUUUUUAAGGCUUUUGUCUUAUGUGAGUGAUUCAUCAUGUCGCUGAUGAGGAGGACCUUUGAUAUUUCAAGUAAACCAUAUACUAUAUAAUAGCUCAUGAAAUAUGUUUCAGAGGAGCUAGAAAACAUUAUUUAUAUUUUCUAAUGAUUUUGGUAUAACUACAACUGUGUACAAGCAUCGGUAAAAAAGGGACGUGACUCUAAGAAGCGAGGGGUUUAAAUAAUACUAGUUGUUUGCCAGAUAUAAUGGAAGUGGAUCAUGGGCGUGUUCUUGCUACGGCGAUUGUCCUGAAUGAUGAGGUUCCCACAACAGAAGUCCUUAUUACUACAAGUCAUGAUAAUGUAGCAAGAGGAAGGAGGAGGAGUGUCUAUGAGCUAGAGUGUAUACCUCUUUGGGGCACAGUGUCAAUCUGCGGUGAAAGGUCUGAAAUGGAGGAUGCUGUUAGAGCAUUACCUCAUUUUCUCAAAAUACCUAUCAGAAUGCUUAUGGGGGAUCAUGAAGGGAUUACUCCAACCGUCACAUGUCUUACUAGUCACUUCUUCGGUGUAUAUGAUGGCCACAGAGGCGCUCAGGUUGCUGACUAUUGCCAUGCUAGAAUCCAUUUUGCUUUGGUUGAACGGAUAAAAGAGGAAUUGUGCAAGAGGAACACUGGUGAGUAUAGUAGGCAUGUCCAGUGGGAGAAAAUCUUUGUCGAUUGUUACCUAAAGGUCGAUGAUGAGGUUAAAGGGAGAAUCAGCAGACCUGUUUCUGGUUCUGGUUCUUCUGAUAGGAUGGUUCUUCAGGCUGUUUCCCCUGAGACUGUCGGAUCAACUGCUUUGGUUGCUUUGGUUUGUUCAUCGCAUAUAAUAGUCUCAAACUGUGGUGACUCUAGAGCAGUUUUACUCCGAGGCAAAGACUCCAUGCCUUUAUCCGUUGAUCACAAACCUGAUAGAGAGGAUGAGUAUGCAAGAAUAGAUAAAGCUGGAGGAAAUGUUAUACAAUGGCAAGGCGCUCGUGUUUCUGGCGUUCUCGCAAUGUCUAGGUCCAUCGGUGAUGAAUAUCUGGAGCCAUAUGUAAUACCAGAUCCUGAAGUGACGUUUAUGCCACGAGCAAGAGAAGACGAGUGUCUUAUAUUGGCCAGUGAUGGACUUUGGGACGUAAUGAGUAACCAAGAAGCUUGCGAGUUAGCUAGGAAACGGAUCUUGAUGUGGCACAAGAAGAAUAGAUCUUUGCCUUUAGCUGAGAGAGGUGUAGGGGAAGACCAUGCAUGCCAAGCCGCAGCUGCUUAUCUCUUGAAACUCGCUCUUAGAAAGGGAAGCAAAGACAAUGUCUCGAUCAUAGUGGUCGACUUGAAAGCUCAGAGAAAGUUCAAGACAAGAUCUUAACAAGUGGAAAAAGACUUAGGAACGAUUGAAGAGAUAAAAAGCCUUUCCUCUGCAGCAAUGAACGACUCCGACUCCGGAAAAGAAAAUCAGUCAGAAAAAGCUUCACACUCUCAAUAGAUAGAUUUCUAUUGA